AUGCUGGGAGGUGUGAAAAGUAUUAAGAUGUGUCAGGGUCAAUUUCAUCUAACCCUUUUUUUGCACCUUGGGUGGCUCAGUUACUUAAAACCUGGCAAUCUCCUUGUGGGCCGCAUUUCCCAGCUGACACUGUCUUCUACCUGCAGGCAGAACAAAGCCCAGAAGUCCUGCGUCCUCAGCUGCCUGGCGGUGGAGCAAAAAUGCUUCAUCUGUGACUCCAGAUUUCGGUACAAACCGUGUGCCCAACCCAACAGCCACACCACUGAGAAUGUACUUACAGGUUUUGAAGCAGACAAAGAAAAGAAAUGGCUGCAAUCUGAAAAUGGUGUUGAUUGUGUGAGCAUCAGACCGGACCUAGAGUUAUUUCAGUUCAUCCACCUUAAACUGACCUUUAAGACUUUUCAACCUGCUGCAAUGAUAGUGGCACAUUCCACAAACUACAGACACGCCUGAAAAGCACUCAAAUACUUUGCAAAACACUGCAGGGCCUUCUUUCCUGACAGCACACCUGACCAGGCCCAGGAAGUAGGAGACCCUGUUUGUGACUCCAGGUAUUUAGAUAUCAGGCCUUCACUGGUGGUUUUAAAAGUUUUGGAUCCCAGCUUUGAAAUAGAAAGCCCUUACAGCCCCUACCUCCAGGACCUUGUGCCAUUAACAAAUCUGAGGAUAAACUUUUCCAAACUCCAUGCCCUUGGGGAUACCCUACUUGGAAGCGGGCAAGGCAACCGCCUCGAUAAAUACUGCUAUGCUCUGUACGAGGUGGUUGUUUGGGGCAGCUGUUUUUGCAGUGGCCACGCCAGUGAAUGUGGCCCCAUGCAGAAGGUGCGGGGAGACAUUCUCAGCCCGUCAGGACUGGUCCACGGCCGCUGCGUCUGUGGGCACAGCACCGAGGGCCCCGCUGUGAGGGUGCGCGGCUUCCUCCAGGACACCCCGUGGAGGCCCGGGGGCAGCCCUGCGUGUGCCCUGGCUUUCCGCACUUUGAGGAACGGGGAGUUUAUUUCCAGGGGACUGACAGAGCCGUGGGGGUCUCCGUGGGGCGACCCCGUUCCUUGGGCUCUUGCCCUCACCCUGGCGAGGAAUGCAAGAUUCCACGCAGGCAUCAGCAAGGGCUCCAGGUGGAUACUGCGCACCCAGGGAAUGUCUGCCACACUGAGCUCGGAGGAUCUGUUGCUUUUACAGCAAGUGGAGAAGGCCUACUGUUUGGCCCAGGAAGAUGUUACCUUAUCGCCCAAGCUGCUUGCUGCAAAUGCAACUCUGAGAAAUGGCCUGGGUAAAGAGCCAGCACGACCUUGCAUCACUGGCGCCUUCAACAGAAACGGAACAGCACGGAAACCCAACAGCACAAAGGUGCAAGAGACCGCAGUGGUCACCAGUGCUACCAACGCGCUCAUCCUCCAUCCCAAAGCCGUGACUUGUGAGUGCGACUCUGAUGGGACCAUGCCUGAUGGCAUCUGUGUGAGGCGCUCUGAUCCUGCCUCAGGCAUUGUGACAGGCCAGUGCUUGUGUAAGGAGAUCGUGCAAGGAGCCGAGUGCAACCGGUGCAAGGCCAACAACUACGGGCUGAGCGCCUCUGACCCAGGGGCUGCCGGUGUGAGUCCUCAGGACUGGGCCACCAACCCGGGUGCUUUUGAAAGCUUGAAUGACAUUUACAAAAGGCGGAGACUCGAGAAGGAGAAUAACUGUUACUCUGUGCUUUCCGCCUGUGACUGUGUCCCCUCGGGAGCUCGCCGCUCUCAGCCUGUGAUGCGGAUCCAGGCCAGGGCCUAUGCCCCGGAACCAGGACCGCUCUGCGGAGAAUGUGCUACCUCAGCCCCCUCCACCCCCGGUCCUCCAGAGAGCGGGCUGAUACCCGCGCACCAGCUCACCACUGGACCGGGCCAGCCCACCAGCCAGAGAUGCCGAGAGGCUUUGCCGCCGUUGUCCUUAGCAGUGGCCGACAAUCUGCUCAUGCUGCGUGAAGUUCAAGAUGUUGCAAUGAUGAAACAGUCCCAAAGCGCAGAGCUGACUCUCGCACGGGCUCACCUCGUGCCAGAACAACUGGCUUACAAAUGGCUACCUGCACUGAACCAAGCCCCUAGCUCUGCACACCCAGAGCAGCGUGAAUGCCACCCCCACGCUGUUGGCCGCAGUUGCACUGAAGCUGUCCCCAGCCACUUCACUCUGUUGAAUUUCCAUCUCCGUGAGGCAGAGGAAGCCACACCACUCCAAGGACUGGCGCCUUUGGAUCAUAUUUCCUUUAUAUUAACAACAGCUUUGCAAACACAUGAUGUAUACUUCCAGCAACAAGGAAAUUAUUUCAGAAUUAAAAAAGGAAACAUAAUGCUGAAGAAAAAUCAGAGGCAAAGCAUAAGUGCUGAUGAGCAGAAUGAGGUGCCUGCAGUUCACAUUGUUUUCCGAGAGCCUAUUUCCGGGAACCCAGUUACAUGGGCCGGAUCUGGAUUUGGCAAGGUUCUCCCCGGGGCUGCCUUGAGAUUUGCUGUUGACAACACUUUCUCCAUGGACUUCACUGUUGCUGCUUGCUGUGGAACUCAGCCUGUAGCUGACUGGGCUGUCCAGAUCAUGGUUAACCCCCCAGGAGGAGCUACUAUUGAAAAUGCAAGACUCCGCAGCCAGCACAUCUCCAGCAUUUGCCUUACCAGAGGCUGCCAGAUUGUGGCAAAAAUGGAAGUCAUGCUGCUUCCCACACCCAUCUGUUCGGAGCCGGGCAUGCGGUACCAGCGAUGUCUAUUUUUCUCAGUCUUUGGAAGGACUCAUAUCCUCGUGGAUUCUCUUGGCCUUACUCCCCAAGCCAAUUCACUGGAGGAUUUCUGCAGCAAGCAGGCCCUGGCAGAGGCUCUGCUGCACAACUGUGUUGGAACCACCUGGGAAGUGGGGCCUCAGCAGCUCCAUGCGUGUGAAAGGCUGGCCACCAGCAUCUUGGCCAAGCUGCGCUACAAGCAUCACCCCAAGGGCAUGGUCAGGUCCAGCUGUGGCCCACAGGGAGGCCAGUGCCAGUGCCAACCUCAUGUGGCUGGGCACCCCUGUGACAGGUGCUCUGCUGGAAGCUAUGCGGGACAUCACGGCUGUCACUCAUGUGACUGCCAUCCUCCAGGCUCAGAGAACACAGUGUGUGGCCAGAUAGCCAGUCAGUGCCUCUGCCGCGGAAAGGUGACUGGGCGCCAUUGUGAGAGGUGCCGCGGUCUCUUUGGACUUCCCAACUGUCGCUCUGGCCCUUGUAAUGGGUUUGCUGAACUUCACCAUCCAGAGCCAGGGUCAUGCUUCAAAUGCGGGAGUUUUACACCUGGAAAAAGCUGUGAAAGGUGCAUCGAUGGUUACUGAAAUCCUUCUUUAGGACAGCCUUGUCAUCCUUGCCCAUGUCCAAAUGUUCCUUCAAGCAAUCAAUGUUUUGCCCGUUCAUGUUAUCAGAAUCCUUGGGGCUCAGAUAUAAUCUGCAAUUGUCUUCAACGUUAUACAGGGCUUCAGUGUGCAGAACGCUCUCCCCGUUUCUAUGGUAACCCACACGUUUCUGGAGCACCUUGCCAGCCAUGCGUCUGCACCCACAACAGAGACGUAACUGACCCAGAGUCCGCCAGCCGGUGACAGGGGACUGGCCUUACACGCCCGCACAAUACCCAGGGCCCAAACUGCCAGCUCUGCAAAUCAGGUCACUUUGGAUCCGCCCUCAAUCAGACCUGCCAAAUCCUAGAAUCAGCCAUUUCUGUAAAUGAGCACUGCUUCCCUUAUUGGAGAAUGGUGUCAGAAACCAAGAUCUGGGCACUAGAUGACCACACUAUCUUUACAUGCUCCCCUCCACUCUCCACACCUGCAGCCACCAACUAUGCACUUACAGGGCAGGGUCCAUGCAAAUUAGGCUCUGGUGGGAAGCACUGCAGUGAGUGCAAGGAAAAUUAUUGUGCUGACCCUCUUGGGCGAUGCAUCCCCUGUGACUGCAGCAAGGAAGGAACCCAGUAGCCCUUCUGACCAGACACGGGAGUGUGCCGCCGGAAGGGUGGCAGCGGCCAGCAACGUGACUGCUGCGCCCGGGGUCAUGGCCGGGAAUUCCCUGCUUGUCUUUGAUGUCAUUUGUGCCUUGAUCAGCAGGACCACAUUGCUUCUUCCCUCUCUGAAGCAGUGCAAGGGUUAAUGGGGCUGCUGCUAGCGUGGAGGUCAGCUGUGGGGCUGCUUCAGAGGCCCCGGAGAAAGCAUCUAAGGGAAGAACUGAAACCAGUGUAUGAAUUUCAAGAUCUGCAAGAAACCACAAGAAGUCUGAGGAGGGCAGAUCUCUUUUUGGAACAACUGUGGGAGGAGAUGAAUUUCCAGUGCAGCGUGCUGAAUGCCAGCAUCGUGGACUGCUCAGAAAACAUCAGGAAGUAUUACCACACAUCCUCAUCUGCUGAGAAGAAAGCUAACAAAGCUCAUUCCAUCAUGCUAUACUGGUUUUUUUUGGUCUGCUUACUUACCAUUUUAGAUACACUGACCCCAAAACAAAACUUGUUGGAGAAAUUAAAGCAGAUUAAGACUGCACAUGAUAUCCAAAUUUUGAAUGAUAAGAUAAAUAUUCAUAAUAGUAUGGUAGAAGUGUUUGGUAUUCAGAUCUCUUUAACUACAUCACUUGAACAACUGUCUAGCCUAGCGAGCCUGGGUGGCGUUAGAAAAAUCUGCGCCGGAAGUUGCUUCUUAAUGGAAUACUUUUUGCUGGGAGGCGGGCGGAAGACUAGGGAGCCUGCCACGCAGCCCCUUGCCUGUGGGGGCGCUCUCUGCACGGGCCCGGUGGACCCCAGCUGUCAAGGCGCUCUGACCAUCUCAAGGAACGUGCUCCCAAAGGCCCAGGAAGCAGAGUCUGUGAUUCAGAAUUUGGACAACCAGGCUCAAGGGCUGAAGAAUCGGGUACAUAACGGAUGUCUUCGUCUGUUUUCCAAAAUUGUAGCAAUAAAGAAGAAGCAAAUUGACAUUUUCAGCAUAAACUGGCAGAAGUCCCCCCAAAACAAUGCCAUACAACUGAGGAACUGGAAAAUAGGAAAAACUGAAGUGAAUGAGGAAAAAAGAAUGAAUCUUUUCAAGAAAGCAAAAAACUUCUUCUUAGAGGAAAACGUGCCCCCAGAGGACACAGAGAAGGUGGCGAAUCGCACUCUUGACAUCCGCCUGCCAAUAACAUCGCAAAAUCCAACCCACCAAUUUGAGGAAGUGCAGAAACUUAUGCAACUGUGUGAGAACUACAGGACGGAGAAGAACAGGCUGAAUAAAGCAACAUAUGGAGCCCGAAAGCUUUUGGUCAAGCCAAAAGUAGUUGAGAAAGGAGCAGAUGUUCUGCUAAACCUCGACAAAAGCGUUGGGCAAGUUGCAGCAAGCGCAUAUCAUUCAGAGAGGGGCAGACUCGGCAUCACGUCAGCUAAGAAAACACAACUAAGAAAGAAUGCACGCAGGUAUUUUUCUAUCUCGGUUGAAACUAACCCGGAGAAACACACUGUAGCCUUAUGUACGCCAAUACGGUUUGUACUUACCUCAGUAUGUUUUCUCCAACAUGAGACCAGCACUCCAGGACUCACGAAGGAAACACUAGGAAGAGCGAAACAGUUAAAAGAUGCUACAGAAAACUUGGCUGGAGAGACAGAGGACCAGAUGAAGGGAGGAGCAAAUUUAGAAAAGACGAUCUAAGAUUUGAACCUAAAGAGAUGAGAAAAAGCCAAUCAACUGCAACAAUUAGAAGAUCAAGCCACUGCCAUUAAAAGUGAAAUCAUUGAGCAAGAAAAUAAAUAUACUCCCCCCCACUUCCACCCCCACUACAGUUAGGCAGAGCUGAAGUGGAAAGGCUGUGCCUCUGUGUGCGGCUUCUGACGCAUGAAUCACGCUGUGCCGAACUUGAGAACCACAAAGGUGGCCCCUUCUUCCUGACACCCUGUGCUCACCACUGAUCUGCCCUGCCCUGCGCAGCUGCAGGAGGGAACCGGGUAGAGAAAGCCACUCCCGGAGCCUCUUCAGAACACCAAGGGGGAAGGAAAGAGAUGCCUCACUUUCAAAAGCCUUCCCUCUUGCCUCUUCUUUCUCUUCCAUGACUUAAAUAUGAUUGGUGUAUAUGGCAUGGGAAAAUCUAAAUACAUUCUCUAGUUACUAAUAAUCAUUUCAGCCCAAUGAACCUAAACAUUUAAAUAAAGAUCUCUAAUGCUUAGAAGGGCUAAAUACGGAUGUCAUGUACUGGAUUGCCCUGUGCAUUCCCUUCAUUUGAAUUAGCUUGUAUUUCUAAAACUGUUAUUCUAUCCUGAGCAAAAUGUAUACAGAUGAAAAUGGGACUUGUAUUUAUGUCCACUUUCUUACACACUCAUUCUCUCAACCAGAGGAAUUUUUUUUUCCUAAAUGACACUGGAACAAUAUUCAAAGAGAUAAAUACUGAAUUCCUCUUCAUGACUUGUAUUUUUGCUGUAAAAUCUGCUGCUUCUGUCAAGUUCUUACUGUUUUAAUACAACAGGUUAGAUUGUCUCACACUAUUUCUGAUCAUGUAUGUUGUCUUGCAGAGGGAUUAUUUUAAGGGAGUUUGGCGCCACAUUUUAAAAUAAAUAACAUACAUCACCACUGACACAGGAAAGAGGAAGAGCAGCUGGCGCCAUUUCU